AUGGGAGUAGCUAGGUGUUCAACGCCCACUGAGGACCUUCCUAUGGAAGAAUUAAAAGAAACCAGAACUCAUGAGGAGACUAUAGAGGUUCCCUUGAAUGCCUUGUUGCAAAUUAUAGACUCUGAAGAAUACUCCUCCUUCGAUAAGGAAGAGGAAACUAGGGAAGAGCAAGUUGCUCGGUACUUAGAAAUUCUGAUGAAGCUGAAUACCAAAUUAUUUGGAAUAGAGACAUUGGAGGAAGAACCUCCAGUGCUCACCAAGGAACUCAAUGCCUUGAUUCAGCAGAAACUACUUCAAAAGCUGUCGAAUUCUGGACGCUUCCUAAUCCCGUGUACCAUAGGGGCAAUUACCUUUGAGAAGGUUUUAUGCGACCUAGGGUCAAGCAUAAACCUCAUGCCUCUCUCUGUCAUGGAGAGGCUAGGAAUCUUUGAGGUUUAA